UCGACCCUCCCCCGGGUCCCAGGUGCUCAACAAUGCGACAAUGAAGAGAGCAGAGCUGUUCCUCCGCAUUGCUCAGUCCACCCUUCCGUCGAUCCAGCGCUAUCACAGGCACCAUCAAAUCAGCCCAAAGCUUCGUGGGUUCACGCCAUGGAGAGGGAAAAGUUUGCCCGGGUGGACGCUUUAGCCGCGGCGCUGAGCUGUCCUCUAUGCCUCGAGAUGGUGAAAGAUUGCGUGGUGACCCCUUGCGGGCACAGCUUCUGCCGCUCGUGCGCGGGGGACGCCGUGACCCGCAAGCACUGCUGCCCCGUGUGCCAGGUUGGGGUAAUAGGGGGCGAGGCCGGCCUGAUCCGAAACUUUAUGGUGGACGAGGUUGCCAGCACCCUGCGCAAGGCCACCGAGGAUACGGACGUGGCCUACAUGCGCCUGCUGUUCGAUACCGCAGCCGGCGGCACGGCUGGGGCUGAUGCUAUCAACGGGAAGGGAAACGGCGACAAUCGUGAUCAUCCGCAUGUGGGAUCCGACGACGCCCGCUUUCCUACCGGGUUUCCUCCGAAACCUCCAUUCUCGGCGGGAAAUUCCCCCGGGGAAGCAGAGCCCGAGCAAAAUCAACCGCUACGACGGGGAGUGCCGCCCUCCCCUGCGGUUUUGUCUCCCGUCGAAGAAGUUCUCGUCAGACGAAUGCGAGAGGCGUUUCUUGGGUAUCAGUCGUACUACGCCCGCGAAAGCGCGGCGCAUGCGGCUGAGGUUAGCGACCUUACGGCGCAGCUGUCCGCCGCGCGACGGGAAGAGACGACGCCGCGCCAGGGGCAGGCGGAAACACGUGCGCGUAGGGCGGCUGCGUUGCAAGGAGCCAUCCAAGAGAGCGAGGCGAGGUUCAACGCCGGCAUGGAGGCGUUGCUGCGGGACUUCGACGCGCACGCCGCGGCCGCUCUGCCGCCGCCCAGCCUCUUGCCUUGCACGGUGACGUUGAUCGUGGCCUCGAGGGGCGUUCGGUUCGACACUCAGCUGCUCCCCACGCACUUUCCGGAAAACAUCUUCGGCAAGGUGCGCGCGCACUACGCUGCUUCCGGAGACGAGGUCCGAGGCUUUGGUUCGACCACGCGUCUCUACUUGCAGCCCUUGUCUGCAACAAGGAGGGCUGGUACAGGAGUUGGUGCCGCUGCCGCCGGCGGUAACGGCGAUGGUAUUAAUAGGGCUGCUGUGGCCGCGCAAGGACAGGUUCAUCCGCUCAGCGACGCUACGCAGACCGUGUUCUCUCAGAGCCCGGGGGGGCGAGUCGGGGCGGGUUGGGCACUGGUUGUGGAUGGACCGGUGCUGCUGAAGAGCGAGGAGGUCAAGCCGUGCUUCGCCGUGGAGUUUGCUCAGCACCAGCAGCAACAACAAGAGCACCGGGUGGACUAUUUUUCCUGCGGGGCGUGCAAGCUCAACUGGCUUUGCGCCUCCUGCGCAGCGCACUGUCACGGCGGCUGCGGCGACGUGAAGCCGUUCAUGCUGAACCACCUGCCCAACUGGGCAUGCUGCUACUGCAGCAAGAAGAGGUCGAAGCUCGAGUGUAAGCUGGCCGCGGUCGGACGGAAAGCAAAUGGAGCACCAGCUUGAGGGAUCGAUUUGAUGGCUGCAAAUCCUUCGACUAAAGAAGAAGCUUGCACUCCACGCUGUGUGUUCUCAAGCCGGGUUCUGUUUGGGGAGAGCAGAGAAUGGAACGGGUUGCUUCACGAAUACCGUGUCAUCAAGCUUUUCUUUUGAGACAGCGUUGUUUGCGAAUUGUUGCGUUGUCGCAAGCUUGUUGGGACCUCGGCGGCGCUAGGUGUAUACGUAAUGUGUAGAUUUACAGCGUUAUAUAACUGCUGUGAAUUAACGAACGGGACGCAGUUUUCCGGACCAUCAAGAGUCUGGUCAAUGUAUGUACAUUUUAAGAGUUGACGCGGGUUGCGACGACGGUCUUAACGCGACACGGACAACAAUCGUUUGCCUUGCUGACAGCAGUAGACGUUAUAUGGCUGAGAUACAGCAGUCGACCCCGCUUUCAGGACGCUUGCACGAAGGAAACUCCCGUUCUCAGAUAACCUUUUUCAAU